GCAGAUCCAUACGCCUAUUUAUCUCCCAGUUCAGGUAACCCAAAACCAUACCUGAAGCAAAACUUAUACCUUAAAAUGAUCUACCUCCUCGUCCUUGCAAUGCUUCUCUGGGUUGCAUAUUACAGGACGCACCUGAAACCAUCUCCAUCAAAAGCCACUCCCAAGAAGAAACUUUUUGCCCACGAUGCUAACGAACCAAUUCCUGAGCCAACCCCCCUCAGAAUCACCCCAGAUGACGUCAGGGAGUACGACGACAGGCCCUGGAGGCCGUUCCGCUGGCCGUACCAUCAGACCAUGAGCAUCUACAAGUUACCCAUCAAUCAUUGGCUUGACAUGGACAAGUACUACUGGCAUUAUAUUGAGGAGAAAAAGCGGAUCCUCCAUCAGUACGGGGAUGAAAACAUUUCCUGGUUGCCAGAGUCGCAUGAUGCGUGCGUAGAAUUGAUGGAAACGGUGCGCACGCACAUGCUCAAACGGUACCCCUUGCUCUUUGAAUCAUCCGAUGGUGGGGUCACAAUGUUGAAUAAACUCACGGGGGAGCAUAUAGACAUGUCAGAGCCGUUACAACACCAUCCGUUGGUGUAUGUGUCCAAGAUGGCCAAGGAAGACUUCUAUAUAGUGCAACAGAGGGAUGACGGCAAGCACUAUCUCGUGGCAGCGUGCGUGGCGUUUCCAGGGGGGUCUUUCGGAAUUAAGGGUAUAUUGGGAACGCACUUGGACCAUAUCCACGAACUAGUGCCGUUUUACGAAACCAAGCUCAAGCCAUCGAUGGAACGGUGGUUUGGGAAAAUGGAGCCGGCAGACUUGGUAGAGCGGGGGUCCUGGUACAUUACCUGGGACCACAAGUUGUUCAGGAACAAUAUAUACGCGUUGAAAGAGGGCAAGAAGGUCCACUCUGGCAUCCCGCCUACGGAGUUCAACGUCCGGGUGGAUAGACAGACGCUUCGGAGGUUACCCAGAACACGGGCCAUUGUCUUCACUGCCCAUCCGUUAUUCUACUCGAUAGAGGAGAUGAAGGACGAGCCGAUGGUGCCGUCUUUGCUUCGGAAGAUUAUCUAUGAGGCACCCGAGUCGAUCAUUCGGUACAAAUCGUUUUACAAGUUGCGGGACCACAUUUCCCACUACUUGGAUGGUUUAGUCGCAAGACAGGUUGAGCUUGGGCUCAUUGAAGCGGACGCAGAGGUACGGACAUUGCCGACGUAUCCGUUUGCCCAUUUCAUAGGACAGCAGGAGGAAAUAUACGGAUGGCGUAAUCCGUCGGAAAGCAGGGCGGAAAAUUAUGAAGAAAAGGCAAAGGCAGAAAUCGGGCCGGGGGACUGAGCCAUAAUAAUUUACGAGGCUUUAAAGAUUUUCACAUUUCUUGGAUUUACAUCGUGUUGACGGGCGUGGCUGGGUAUCAAGAAAACGCAGGUGUUUCCAUUAAGCGCAAUACUUGUGUAAAAACGCCGUACAGAUAUGAGACACAUGUGAACGAUAAAUAUUGUGUUACAGCUCAGACUCCCGAUUUGUUAAGCGGCUUCGGCUCUGUUCCCCUGGUAACUGCAUAGGAUAUAUGACAAUCGGCCUCCUGAGUUUGGAACGGCCAGGACUUCUGAUAGAAAUGUAACUGACCUGAGUUAUUUGAUAAGGGCUUACCGAAGCUUCUAAGGCUAUGCGCCUCACCAUUUUGUGAUAAGAAACCAAUUUUAGAGUUUUAGAAACUAUAUCAAAUUCAAUUUCCACGCUGGUCAUACGGCCCUG